UCCGCCCACCUCCCCGCGCCCUAGGCGUCAUGGUUCGGGCCGACUAUAAAAGGCGCCGCUGGCCUGGGCUCCUGGCCCUGCGAAAUCAAGUUCGUGCAUCCGAGAGUCCCUGCGUCCCGCCCUUACCCACGCAGCUUUCAGUCAUGGCCUGCGUCUGCAAGGCGUACGUCGGAAAGCCCGCCCCGGAAUUCCAGGCCACCGCGGUGGUGGAUGGCGCCUUCAAGGAGGUGAAACUUGCCGACUACAAAGGGAAGUACGUGGUCCUCUUUUUCUACCCGCUGGACUUUACCUUUGUGUGCCCCACGGAGAUCGUAGCUUUCAGCGACCGUGCUGCGGAGUUCCACAAGCUGAACUGCGAGGUGCUGGGCGUCUCGGUCGACUCUCAGUUCACCCACCUGGCUUGGAUCAACACUCCCCGGAAAGAGGGAGGCUUGGGCCCGCUGAACAUCCCCCUACUGGCUGAUGUAACCAGAAAGUUGUCCAGUGAUUAUGGCGUGCUGAAGGAAGAUGAGGGGAUCGCCUACAGGGGCCUCUUUGUCAUCGACGGCAAGGGUGUCCUUCGCCAGGUCACCAUCAAUGACUUGCCUGUGGGACGCUCCGUGGAUGAGGCUCUGAGGCUGGUCCAGGCUUUCCAGUACACAGAUGAGCAUGGGGAAGUCUGCCCUGCCGGCUGGACACCAGGCAGUGACACAAUCAAGCCCAAUGUGGACGACAGCAAGGAAUAUUUCUCCAAACACAACUAGGCUGGCAGAUGGUGGCAAGCCUGGGCUCUUGGCCCACCUCUGUGCCCCUACCUGUGUGUCCUGUACUGACCCAGGAAAUGCCAGACCUGCUCCUUCAGACUCCACAGUCCAUGACCACAGAGGGUUAGGUCAAGUCCUUCUCAAGCUCCCAGCUGCGAGCUGGUGAAUGGUGACCCCCUCCUUGGAGCCCACAUAACUGGGAACAGGCCUAUAGGUGACUAAUAAAGUAUUAGGGACAGAUCUAA